AUGGCUGGUGCCUCUCUCCUGUCCCCAUCCUGCGCGCUCCUCCGCCGCCUUCCCUGCGCGUCGCACAUCUCCUGCUCGUCGCACUUCAAGAGGUUCGACCGGGUUCGCCGGUUCUCGCCCGCCGCCAUGUCGACUUCCUCAGGACCAAAGGAGGCGCCAGCGAAUAACCCGGGGCUCCAGACCGAGGUCGACCCCGCCACCAAGGGCUACUUCUUGCAGCAAACGAUGUUACGUGUGAAGGACCCAAAAGUGAGCCUUGACUUCUACUCACGUGUGAUGGGCAUGUCGUUGCUGAAAAGGUUGGAUUUUGAAGAGAUGAAAUUCAGUUUGUAUUUUCUUGGUUAUGAGGAUGUGACCUCAGCCCCUGACGAUCAUAUCAAGCGGACUGAAUGGACUUUUAGGCAAAAAGCUACUCUUGAGCUCACCCACAAUUGGGGCACGGAAAAUGACCCUGAAUUCAAAGGUUACCAUAAUGGGAACUCAGACCCUCGUGGUUUUGGUCAUAUAGGAGUAACCGUGGAUGAUGUCCACAAGGCAUGUGAACGCUUUGAACGUCUUGGGGUUGAGUUUGUGAAGAAACCUGAUGAUGGAAAAAUCAAAGGCAUCGCCUUCAUCAAAGAUCCUGAUGGUUACUGGAUCGAAAUCUUUGACCACACCAUUGGGACGGUGACUUCUUCAGCAUCAUGA